AUGUGGACGAUCCUUGUCACACUUUUGCUGGCAGCCGAAGCUUAUGGCUGUGGACGGCCAUACUCUUCUCCCAUGGCGAGGGUGGUGAACGGCACGGACGCUGUGCCUUACAGCUGGCCCUGGCAGAUCUCCUUGCAGUACCAGAGUGGAAGCGAGUUCCGUCACACCUGUGGGGGGACCCUCAUUGCGCCCAGCUGGGUCAUGACCGCUGCACACUGCAUCUCGACGGGCCGCCAGUACCAGGUGGUCCUGGGAGAAUAUGACAGAGGCAAGGAGGAGGGCCCCGAGCAACGUAUCCUUGUGAAUGAAGGUGACAUCUUCGUCCACGCUGGCUGGAAUGGCAACUGUGUAGCUUGUGGGGAUGACAUCGCCCUGAUCAAGCUGUCGCACAGCGCAGAGCUAAACGAUAAGGUGCAGCUGGGAUGCGUCCCACCCUCAGGAGAGAUUCUCCCGAAUGACUCUCCGUGCUACAUCAGCGGCUGGGGGCGCCUUUACACCGGCGGACCGCUCCCGGACAAGCUGCAGCAGGCCCUGCUUCCGACGGUGGACUAUGAACACUGCUCCCGACCCGACUGGUGGGGUAGCACUGUGAAGACGACCAUGGUUUGUGCCGGUGGGGACGUCCGAGCCGGCUGCAACGGCGACUCUGGAGGCCCCCUCAACUGCCAAGCUUCGGAUGGGAGGUGGUACGUCCACGGGGUUACCAGCUUUGUCUCUGCCUGGGGGUGCGACACCCUGAAGAAACCCACCGUCUUCACCCGCGUCUCCGCUUUCAACUCCUGGAUUGAAGAGACCAUGGCCACCCAUUAAUGCGAUGCUGCAACUCCUCCACCCUGACGGGACUCUCUGCCUGUCCCAAGA